GGAAGUUGCCACACCAGAAGAUAAUCCUCGCAUCCAAUCCCAUUAUUCUCGUUAUCCAUAUCAAUCAGAAGUCAGAACAGAGCAUGGACUUACUGCCUUAGGAAUCAAAACGAAAAUGGCUCAUCUUCUUAACGUUUCUUUGUGCACCAAAAUCCCACCAAAACCCCCUCUCUCACUAACCAAACCUUGCCUCUCAAUCCCACGCUUCCUUUCCCUCUCCCACUCUCGCUGUCCCAACCCACAGGCAUUGAUACUAAACAAGCAACUGCUAGAAGAUUUUGCAAAGACAGGCUUGCUUGCUCUUCUCUCCGUCUCUCUCUUUUUUACUGAUCCUGCUCUUGCAUUCAAGGGAGGAGGACCGUAUGGUUCUGAAGUUACGAGGGGCCAGGAUCUUACUGGCAAGGAUUUCAGUGGCAGAACUUUGAUCAAGCAAGAUUUUAAGACAUCCAUACUAAGACAAGCCAAUUUCAAAGGUGCAAAGUUGUUGGGAGCUAGCUUUUUCGAUGCUGAUUUAACAGGGGCUGAUCUUUCAGAUGCUGACCUUAGAAGUGCGGAUCUCUCCUUGGCGAAUGUGGCAAAGGUAAAUUUGAGCAAUGCUAACUUGGAAGGCGCGCUUGCUACCGGCAACACAUCUUUUAGAGGAUCAAAUAUAACAGGAGCUGAUUUCACAGAUGUGCCUUUGAGAGAGGACCAACGUGAGUACUUGUGCAAAGUUGCCGAUGGGGUGAAUCCAACUACUGGAAAUGCAACACGCGAUACAUUGCUUUGCAACUAGUUUAUUUUCACAUUGAAGUGAUGAAAAACAGGGAAGCCGCACCAGUGCAUCUGUAACAGCUGCAAUUUUCAUUUUAGCUCAGGUUUGCAAUCAACUUGCUGUAAGUAAUGUAAAAUAUCAAAUCAAUAGUGUUGCCUUUAUUCUCAUCUAUAUAAGAAGUAUACGUGCAACUGUAUAAUGAAUCAAACAUCUAUCAUAAACUGGAUUCUUUUGUCA